AUGGUCAGCCAAAGCCUCCCUCCGUUCUACGCUCAUCCCUCUGUUAAUCCCAAAGGCUCUUUGCACUUCACGCUCCUCCUUUUGCCGAACCUCGCGCAAACGCUAUUAAACUACUAUGGUGUAACCAACACACCACCGACACGUCUUCUCGCUGCAGAUUGCACCUGUGUCAUCGUCUCCCACUUCCUCUCGAACCUGCGACAGGUGAACACGAUGGAACGACCUCUCCUCCGGGCCCACGCCUGCGCGGAGCUCGCAAUUCGCCUCGUGGAUCGUCGGGAAUAUGGGCGCAUCGCAUCGCUCCGUCUCCGUUCUCCCUCCCAAGUCGACGAUGUGUACGGGUCGGACCUCCCAGGAAAUGACCCGAAUAAGUCAGAUGCUGAUGGUGCAAGGGGGCGCCAGCGAGGAGGCAGUGAGGGGAGACAUCGAGCUCGUUGA